AUGAUACCAAAAUUACUACUAUUUUCUGUUUUUCUCCUUAUUCCAGGAAAUUUUGCGUCAAAGUGAGUUCCUAUUUUCAAAUAAAUGAAUAAAAAAUGAAUUUUUGCAGUGCGACUAUAAAAUUUGUGAAUAAUUCGAUAUUGGUGGAAGGUGAUGUUGAUAGAUAUAUUGCUUUUAGAACUAGUGGAAGUGGAAGGAUUUUUGUGAAUGAUUUUGAUAUUACUGAUAUUCCAUCGGAGGUAAGAAUGGGGUCUGGAGGGGUACUGUAGCAAUGGAAACUGUAGAACUUUCCGUAUACCUCUUCUCAAACUAUAUUAGGACAGUACUAUCAAAAAAUCUUUAAAAAAUCCCACUUUUUUGAUCACCUCAUUGUCAGGAGUACUGUAGAAAUACUAUUUAAAAUGUUUUCUAUAAAGUUUUAGCACCAUUAUUCUCACUCACAAGGAAGAGCGCACUAUUUAUUACCAAGAAAAAAGAACACACAAAAAACAAGAGAGCGCAGACAAGGAAAAAAAACAGUGUGCAGAGUCUAACUGUCUGCGCGCUCCUCUUUUUGUGUGUUCUUUUUUCAACCUCGGGUCAGCGUUUCUUGCGCUUCCUUUUUUUCUUUUCAAUUUCGCGAGUUUUCUUUUUGCUAUUUUCAGAAACUAUUCCAAAUUUUCAGGCUGAAUAUCAAAAAUUCAUUGAAACUCUUCACGAUGUUCAAAGAACUAUUGAAAGAACAACAAAACUUCGAAUUGAUUCUCAAAAACAAAACGAUGAAAUCAAAGAUAAUAUGGAAAGAAUCAAAAAACAUGUGAGUAAAAUAUUCCUUAAAAAUUCAAACUUUGCAUAAUUUUUUUCAGAGUUUGGAUCAAGUUGAAAAAUUGAAACAUUAUGAAACUUGGAAAAAUAGUCAAAUUGAAGAUGGCAAACAUCGGAAGGAACAAUUGGAAAGUUUCAAUGAUCAGAUAGAGUAGGAGACAAAAUCAAUCCGAAAAUUCAGAAUAUUUUUUUCAGCUCAAUUGUGAAGAAUUUGGAGAAAGAUCUAUGUGAAGAAGAACAUCCGUGUAGAAAUGGAGGAACUUGUAUUCCACAAUAUCAGGAUUAUUUUUGCAUAUGUCCAGAUGGUUAUGAAGGAAAAGAUUGUCGGAAAGAUGUUGAUGAAUGUGAAGUUUUGGUAAAUCGAUGUUCGAAUAAUGGAACUUGCAGGAAUUUGAUCGGAACUUUUGAGUGAGUUGGGGUAUUUCAGGCCCUGAACUCUAGACCCUGAAGAUCAUGAAAACAUCUUGUUCCAGAUGCAAAUGCCAAAAAGGUUUCUACGGACCUUCUUGUGAUUUGAUCAGCCCAAUUUGUCAAUCAGAAGACAGUGAAUUAUGUGGAGAACAUGGAAAAUGUAUUGAAGAUCUUUCAGCACAUUUGAAAUAUAAUUGUAUUUGUGACACUGGUUAUAAACCAUCUACAGAUAUUGAAAAUAUUUAUUGUGUGGAUAUUGAUGAAUGUUCUACAAAUCCAUGUCAUCCUGGAAUUCGAUGUUUGAAUUUGCCAGGAUCUUUUGAAUGUUUGGGUUGUCCGAUUGGAUAUGAGAGUGGGUUUUUUUUUUAGGUUUUCGAAGCCAUUUAAUUUCAAUUUUUCCAGAGAUCGGAAAUUCAUGUGUGGACAUCAAUGAAUGUGAUCACCCAAAUAUUUGCGACAAACAAACCAAAUGUAUAAAUUUACAAGGAUCUUAUAAAUGCACAGAUUGUCCAGCUGGAUUUUCAGGAGAUGGAAAAACUGGAUGUAUUGAUAAUCCAGAUAAAUGUGCAUCAAAUCCAUGUUCAAAAAUGCAAACAUGUCAUAAUACAUUUGAUAAUCAACUAGGAUUUAUUUGUUAUUGUCCAGAUGGUUAUGCUGGAGAUUAUUAUCAAGAAUGUGUGAAGAUCGAAGAGAAUCCUUGCCAAAAUAAACCGUGUACUGUUUUUGGUAAAUGCAAGGCUAUAAAUUCCACGGACUAUCAAUGUAUUUGUUUUGGCGGUAUUUCUGGAAAACAUUGUGAAAUUGUGAGUGAAAAAUUUUCGAAAGUGAUUUCAAAAUAAUCCUUUUUUUCAGAUCGAUGAUUGUUCAGAUCAGUGUCAAAAUAAAGCAGUUUGUAAACAUAAUACAGAUGGAAAAUAUUAUUGUGCUUGCCCCAAGGGUUUCUAUGGAGAAUAUUGUGAGAAACAAGAAGAAGAUUGUGAUCGACAUCUGACGGAUUCCAGCGGAAUUCUGAAUUUUGAAUAUACUUCAAACAUUUUUUGCAAAUUUCAUUUUGAUAUCACUUUUGCUUCGGAUAAAGCUCUUCAAAUCACUUUCACUGAUUUCGAUGAUUUUAAUCCAAACCCCAAUGGACCAACAAAUUGCUCAACAACCCCUUCAAAACUUGAGGUAACUCUCAUUUCAACUUCUGAACUUCUGAUUUUAUUUUUAAUUUCAGCUUUUCGAUGGCCCUGGAAUAAAUUAUCAUCGCUUCGCAACAUUUUGCGGUAAUCGAAAUGACUUUUUUGUAAGUCUCCAGAUUUUUUUUUUGGAUUUCAGAAAAAAACUAAAAAAUUUCAGAGCCCUGGAAUUAAUGAGCCAAUGGUUUUCUCAACUAACACUGCCUUUAUGGUUUUUAAAGGGACAACUGGGAUGUUUGAGAUGAAAUGGGAGGUUGUGACGAAAAGUGAGUGUCAGUCGGAGUUAGCUUAUCUCCAUUUUUUUCUCUCUAGAAUGUGGAUAUCGAACAUCGAAAGAAGGAAUGAUAAAGAUCCCAGCUUCAGAAGAAAUGAUUGCUUGUGAAUGGUUCAUAACAGCACCAUUUUCAAAAAUUAUUCAACUUGAAAUUCCAAAUAUCAAAUUGUCAUAUCGUUCUGAAUGUGAAGACAAUGAACUUGCUGUUUAUGAUUGGUAUACGAUUCGAGGAACCUCUAGAAUAUCUAGUAUUUGUCAAUCUACCCAAUAUCCAGAUAUUAUCAAAUCAACUGGACCAUUUCUAACAAUCACUUUGAAUAUUGGAAAAGUUUUGACGAAUGGAUUUAUUUUGAAUUAUAAAUUUGUGGAUGCUGAAAAUGGAUGUUCAAUAAAAUAUGAAAAUAAAGAGAAAAAUGUGAAUUGGAAAGAUAAAAUAACAUCGCCACAUUUUGGCGGGAAAUAUCCGGCGGGUUCCGAAUGCACUUAUCAAAUUGAUACUGGUUUUGAAAAUCAUCUGAAGAUCAGGUUGAAAUUCAACACCUUCAAUCUGUUGUCUGGUGAUAAAUUGGAGAUUUGUUCGGCUGAAGAUUGCACAACUUAUGAUGAAAAUAUGGUUCUGAAUACAAAUGAAGAGAAGAUUUAUGAGAACUCAGUUUUGACUUUGAAAUUCACUAGUGAUUAUAAGGAUGAAGGAUUGGGAUUUGAUAUUGGUUUUGAAUCAAUUUGUGAACAUAGAUUCAGGGGAAAUGGAACUUUUACGACUUUUAAUUAUUUGAGACCAGAUUGGAUUGGAAAUUGUAGUUAUCUUGUGGAAGCAGAGGAUCAUGAACAUGUUGAGUUAACGUAAGUUGUUUUUCCUAAGUGCUUUUGGAAGCUUUUGAAGGCUUCGGAAGGUAACUCACCCCAAUUUCCAAAUUUUACAGAUUCGAACACGAUUCUAAAAAUUGUAAAAGCCACGACUAUUUUACAAUGACUGCAUUGCUAACGAGAGACGAAUAUGAUUUUUCUUGCCCAUUUCCUGGAACUUCAAGAAUAUCAACAGGCAGUGUUUUGCUGAAUGGAAUAAUGAGAAAGCUCAAUUCACAGGGCUUUAUUGUGAUUUAUAAAACUACUGAUAUGGGUGCGCCAUUUUCUGAUUUUUUUAAAUCAUAGCAUCGAUUUUAAUGAAUUUCAGGAUGUGGUGGAAAUUUCACAAGUACCUCUGGUAUUUUAACAUCACCAAAUUGGCCAGAAGAUAUGCCUGAUGGAUCAACAUGUAUCUACCGUAUCCAAACACAUAAUUCCACUGUUAUCAGGCUCAAUUUCAAUCAAUUUGACAUUGAAGAUUCAGAUUUAUCGUGCGAAGAUCAUUAUUUACAAAUCUUUGAUGGUGACAGUGAAAAAAGUGCAUCUCUCGGAACAUUUUGUGGAAAAAGGGUUCCGGAAAUUGUGAGCACUUCGAAUAAUUUGUAUAUGAUUUUAAAAACAACUGAAGGAUAUAGAGAAUCAAAAUCUGGAUUUAACGCAACUUACGAAUCUGUAAGCCAUGUUGGACUUUGUAAUCGCACCUUCCUAUCAACUUCUGGGAAUAUUGUUCUUGAUGAGAAUGAUGGAUUUGGCACCGAAGAAUGUUUGAUUAAUAUACAUGUCCCUGAUCAAUAUACAAUUCAAUUGACUUCGAAUAACUUGAAUAUCCCCUGUGAAACUUCAUCGCUUGACAUCUACAAUGGUGAAACUAAAGAUUCUCCAAAGAUCUAUAAUCAAUACAAAAAUUGUGGAAUCCUCAAGUUCAAACCAAUUCAAUCACAUUCAAAUCGCUUACUUCUAGUGGUGAAAUCUACUGAACCUGGAACAAUUUUCAAUAUCAGUUAUGAAAUUGCGGAUAAUAAAUGUCAUGGAAAUAUUAUUGAUGGAUGGAAGGGUCAUGUUCAAAGUCCACAAUAUCCAAUCGCUGAUCAACGAAUUUAUAAUUGUGAAUAUAUUAUAAGAGGUCCACCUGGGACUAGGGUAAAGCUAUGGGUUAAAGAUUAUCCUUUGCUGGAUAUGCGAUAUGCUGGAGAGAUCUGUGAAUCGGAACAUUGGGAUUCUUUACAUGUGAGUUCACAAAAUUUCAACCCAGUUUUAUAUGUAUGUACAUACAUAAUUCAGAUAUAUGAUGGAUCCGAAUUCAACAAAAACAAAAUCACAAAAAUCUGCGCUGGUCACAACAAUGCUUCAAACCCAAUCAUCUCCCAAACCAAUAUUUUAUCGAUUAAUUAUCACAGUUUUUCAAGAAUUGAUUCUAUCGGAUUCAGCGCGGAAUUCGAAGUUUUCUGCAGAGAUGUUAUGUUGACUGAAUUCUCUGGACAUAUUCAAACUCCUGCGUAUCCUGAAGGCAUUUCUGAAUAUAUUUAUUGUAGUUGGUUUAUCAGAGCUCCGCCUGGCAAUCGGAUUAUCGUCAAGUUCGAGGAUUUUGUUAUUGAACAGGAUCCGGAGGCUUAUAGUAGGAUGUUGCAUAGUCAACUUAGGGUAAGUCAUAUUUUUUAGAAGAGAGGCUAGAAGGCUCAGAAACCAAAAAAAAAAUUUUUUUGCAGAUCAAAGAGCAAGAGCUGGGCUCUGUUCUAAUCAAAGCUCAAGACAAAAUCCAAAAUUCCACAGAAACCUACGUCUAUAUGCAUGAUGAUAUUCCUACAGUACUCCACUCAAAACACAAUAAUCUCACAUUCGAAUUAUAUUCCGUGUAUAGAAUAACUAACAAAAUUCACAUGUGGUAUGAAAUGAUAGGCUGUGUUGGAAACAUCAAUCAUCCUCAAACAAUCAAAAUAAAUUUGAAAACAAUUGACCCGGAAGUUGAGCGAUUCGAGUGUCGAUAUAAAAUCAAAGCUCCGAUUGGCAAGAAAAUUCAAUUGAAUAUUGAGAAAUUCACAUUUGCAAAAUCGAUGACGUCAUGUGAAUGGAAAGCGAAUGAGACUUUUGAUGGGAUUGCGUUGUUUAUGGGUGAUUCUGUUGAUCAAAAUGGGGCGCAGAAAUCCCUUUGUUUUUUGAUUCAUGAUUCAGAGAAAGUUGAAUCUCAUACGAAUGAGAUGUAUAUUUUGAUGUCGAUGUUGAAGAAGGAUAUUUCACAUAAGGAUCAGGACUUUUUUGAAGCUCAUGUUGAUUUUGUUGAUGGGAAAGAUGAUCAAACUUGUGGAGCUGAUAUUCAACGUGAGUUAAAAAAAACAUUGCUCAUAUUAGCUUCCCUUUUUCCAGUUGAUGACAAUGAAAUCACAUUAAAAAGUCCAAAUUAUCCAAAACCAAUCGCAACUGGAUCACCACGUAGCUGCACAUGGAAGCUAACAGUUCAAACCGGUUACCACAUCGAAUACACACUUCAAUAUUAUUUCUCAGGAAUGUCCGAUUUUCAAUGUGAAUAUUUAUCUCAUCAUGGAAAAUUGGAAUUCUAUGAAAUGAUCGAAGAUAAACCAAAUUCGGUUAAAGAAUUUUGUAAAAAUCUGGAGAAACCGGAAACUUUCCAAGUUUUUUCUAAUACAUCUAUCGUUAAAUAUAGUGAAAAUCCAGUUUUGCCACAUCAUUAUUCGGAAGUUAAACAGGAUGUGAGUUAUUUUAUCGAUUUUUUUAGGUCUGAUCCACUUAUUGAUUUUUCUCUCCAUAGAUUGGCUUCAUUUUGAAAGCUCGUGCUGUUUGUGGAGCGGUUUUAUAUGCAACAAAUACGACUCAAAGAACAUAUCUUAAUCUGGUGAAGAAAUCCAAUUGCACAAUGAAGUUUAGAAAAUCACAUCCAGGUAAGCUCCAAGCCUCUCUAGAAUUCUAUCUCACUUUUUUUCAGACGCCAGAAACAUCAACAUCCGAAUCCGAAGUUUCAUCCGAUUCGGUCACAUUUCUCCAGGAGAAGAUCAACUCAAAAUCUACGCUGAUAAUCAAUAUAUUGAAACACUUACAGUCAAUCCAGAAUCGGAAAAAUUCUAUCGAGCUGAACAGGAAAUUCGAGUCGAUUUCAUUCAUGAAGCUGAAGAUAUGAAACAUGUUUCAAUUGAUUAUAGUUUAGGAGAUAUUGGUGAGUUAGAGGAACUCAAGUGCAUAUGUAUAAAAUAUAUUUUAUUCUAGAAUGUGGAGGAUAUCGAUCGGAACAAUCUGGAGUUCUUCGAGCUCCACCACAAAAUAUUUUGGGAAAAGACAAAGAUUUCGAUUGUGAAUGGAGUUUUAUUGGAUUUUAUACAUCUAAAGUUUCAGUUUCUGUUGAGUGAGUUAUUCAUAAGUUAUUGUAAGUCCAAGAUUUUCUUUAGAACUCACAAUUUACCAUUCACCGCCUUCUGUCCCUCUUCAUUUAUUGAAAUUCGAGAUGGUUACGGAAAAAUAUUAUCUCAUCAAUGUGACCCGGAAAAUGUCAACAAGACAACUUUUACAUCUGAAGUUUUAUAUGUUCGAGUCAAAUAUCGUCAAACAAAAGAUCGUGUUGAUGGAGACAUCGAUUUUAAGAUCAAUUUUGUUAAGGAACAUGCGGUGGAUUAUAAAUAUCGUGAUAUUGAAGAUGGUCAUUUGCUCAAUCCUAUUGCUAAUUUUGAUGUUGACGCUGGGGAGAAUACGGUAAUUUUUAGUCUCGUGAAAAAAUUAUGAAAAAAAAAUUCAGACCUCAAUCAAAUUCAAUGCAGAAAACAUUCAUCUCUCUCCAAAAUCCCACAUAAAAAUUUCCGAAGUUUCCGACAAUGAUGAAGUUUUGGAAGAAGAUGCCAAAUUUAUUACACAAGAUGAAGAAUUUAUCAAGGAAUAUUCGAAAUUUAAUGUUGAUCAAUUUGUAGAAUUCAAUGAUAGAUUCUUCAUCCACUGGGAUCCUUUAAUAAAUGGCAAGAAUCCUGAAACUGAUUAUGAGUGUGGAGAGAUUCUAAAAGCAACUUGGUCUACACAGCAUCUUGAAUAUACUCGAGAUGAAGAUGAUCAGAAUGGUGUUGUGAAGCAUUGUAGAUAUCGAAUUGAUCCUGAAGAAUUUUCCACAAUUGAUGUCGAUUUUGAUUUUUCGAAUUAUGACGAAGAUUCUUGUAUUCGAAAUUAUGUUGUUAUAACUGACCAAGAUAUGUGAGUUGUUCAGGUAAAUUUAUGUAUGAAAAAUAUUAUUCUAAAUUUUUCCAGCCCGAAAAAGAAGUUCAAAAAAUCUGAAACCAAAAAAAUUUGCCAUCAUAGCGAUUUGAAUGGCACUUUUUCAAGAAACACACCAAUUUAUAUUCAUUUUGUCACUGAUAGUUAUGCUGAUGUUAUGCUGAAUUACAGAUUGAGUGAGUCAAUUAUUUUCUUUUCUGAAAAUCUCAUAUUUUUAUUUCAGGUUGCCUCUCUGAAAAUGAAAAUGUUUAUAAAUUUACACAUCGCCAUUAUGAAUUCUCAAAUCCCCCGAUGGAAAUUGAAAAAUGUCGAUGGAUUAUUGAAACACCUUCGAAUCGCCCGAUUAUUGCGGAUGUUCGCGAAAUUGAUCUUGUUGAAAAAUCUCCAUGUGCUUCGGAUAAUUAUCUGAAAUUUGUGAGUUUCCGGGGGAUUUUUCUAGAAACAUUUAUUUGUUUUCUUCCAGUCUUCUACUCUGCUCUCAACUGAAGGAGCAAGAUGUGGCUCCAAAUUAUUUAAUUAUACCACUUCUGGAAAUCGGCUCGUAAUUGAAUACACCGCAAAAUCUACCGAAGCUAAAAGAUCCUUCAAAAUUCUAUUAUCCGAAAAACAAAAUGAUUGCUCAUCUGAACCAAUUCGACUAACCGAACUCUUCCCCAAUGAAACAAUUCACUCUCCAAAUUUCCCUGGAAAAAUUCCAGUUUCAAGUUUAUGCAACUACAUUAUUGAAGUCCCACAUCAUCAUCGAGUUAUGCUAACUUUCACCGCUGAAUUAUUCCAUAUUUCGGAUUCUUCUGGGAAAUUCAACAAAUCUGAAGAUUUCAUUGAAGUUCGUGAUGGUCCAACAGAAACAUCGCAUUUUAUUGGAAGAUAUCAGGGAAAUCAAGCACCGUCUUCGGUUUUUUCAACAACUAAUGUGAUGUUUAUUAGAUUGAGAACAAAUUCAGAAAAUGGCAAGGAAUUAUUGGGAUUUGAAGCGAGAGUUGAAAUUGCAAAAUGUGGAGGAACACAUCAUAUUCAUCAUAAAAAUGAUGUUUUUGUCUUAAGUCAAAAAGCUACAGAAUUUAUGACUAUGGAUUGUAAAUGGGUUAUUAAGGUUCCAAAUUCACACAUGUUGGAAUUCAGGUUGGUUUUUUUUCAGGAAAUUUUCAAUUUUUCCAAGCCUUCCUUUUCCAGAAUCCGUAAAUCCGAAAUCCCUCUUGGCUCCAAAAAUUGUGGCUCACAAGUGUUCAACAUCGAAGAUGUUACUGAAUCCAACAAAACUGUAUUUUUCGAAAAAGAUUGUCAAAAAGUUCCGGAAACUCAUUGGCAAAGAAGUUCAUCAUCCGAAAUUUUUGUCAAUUAUUGGAAAAAUGUAUGUUUUUUUCCUGGUUGGAAUUUUUUUAAAUUGUUUUUUUUUCAGGGCUUCGGCUCUUCGAGCCACUCGGAAUUAUUCAAAAUUGAAUUCAAAAUGAGUGAAACUUGUGAGUUCUCAAAACUUUUUAAAACAAAAAAAAAUAAUUUUUUUUGCAGCUUGUGGCAGUGAUUUGAUUACCGAUGAAAAGGGAAUUCUAAAACUCCCACAAAAAUCAGGAAAAAUUCUCCGGAAAUUACACUGUGUUUGGAAUUUCAAAACUUAUCCAGGAUUGGUGUAUAUUUUCAGUUUGAAAUUUGAAAAUCACGAUAAUUUUUAUGCGAAACAAGAGGAUGGAGAGGAAUAUUUUCCGGAUUUGAAGGUAAGAUUUCUGGAUUUUCAAAAAAAAACAUUUGAAUAAUCUGCAAUUUUUCAGCUCGUAAAUCCUUUCACCACAAAUUACACCUCAACAUUUUUCACCAAACAAUUUUCUACAUAUAAACCCGCCUUAAUCGAGGAAUCAAAACUAAUUUACGAUAACUUGGAAAAUUUCCAUAGAAAUAGUUUGAAAUCUGAGCAAGGAUAUGAACCAUUCACAAUUGAAUAUGAAUAUGUUCCCGCUGAUUUAGUUGGGAAUGAUGAUUGCACAAGAACUAUCAUGCGAAGUUCAAAGUUGGAUCUUAGAAGUGUCAUUUUCUUUAACGGUUAGAUCAGAUUUUCAGCACAAAAAAUCGAUAAAUAUUUCCAGAGUUAUGCCAUCUCAGAAUCGAAAAACCUGAAGGAUACAAUUCUGUCGGUAUCAAAAUCCAAAAUUUCUCUGGGAGCGACAACAUCAUUAUCAAAGGUAUUAGUUAUCCUAACUCAAAAAAAAAAAAUAAUCCAGAAAUUUUCAGCCGCUGCUCCUUUCCCAUAUGAUGAAACCUUUGAGGGUACAAAAAUUCAAAAUCGAGAAAUUGAUUUGAUUUUUAAUAAUCAAGUAAUCGAUAUUUAUCUUAUUCAUAUUCUACCCAAGGUAUCUUCUAAUUAUUCAAUAAGUAUAGAAUUUUACGAAUGUGGAGGUGUUAUAACUGAACCGAAUUUUGGGAAUAUCACAAAUCCCGAGAAUUCAAAUAACACAAGAUGUCGCUGGGUUAUUGAGGCGCCAGAAAAUCAACGUGUCAAACUUGAUAUACUUCAUUUGAGCAAUCGUGACAGUGGAUGUGAACGUCAAAAAAUGGAGAUUGGCGAGGGAAAACAAUAUAAAUUGGCACCAAUUUUUGAGUUUUGUCAAUAUUUACAUGAAAAAGAUUCGGUGGAUGCUAAUGAAAAACAACUUCGGAUAAUUCAAUCGAAGGCGAGAUAUUUGACGAUUAUUUGGAGAAGCAGUUCAGUACGAAAAUCAGAUUGGGCCCUGGCUUAUGAAUUUAUUGAUGCUGGAAAUGUUUGCGGUUUUCAUAGCCAUGAUUCGAGAGGAGUUAUAACAUUUCCAACAAACCAAAAAGAAUAUUCGAAUGAUAUAAAUUGUCGGUGGGAUAUCCAAGUUCCACGCGGUUUUCAUAUCAAAUUUUCUGUGGAAUAUUUCCAUGUUGAAAAUUCUACUGAAUGUAAAAAAGAUGGUUUAACGAUUCACGAUGUUCAAUUAAACACUAUACCGUAUUCUUCGAGUAUGGGAAGUGUUUUAGAAAAUCGAACAUUGUGUGGUAAAAUCAAUCCAGUUAGCUAUGAUUUUGGAAAUCGUGUCGCGCUUGAUUUCUAUUCGGAUUCGGAACAUACAGAUUCAGGAUUUCAAAUCAAAUGGGAAGCUGUUUGUGGAGAAAUCUUGACAGCGAAUGAUGGAAUACUGUACUCGCCAAAUUACCCAGAAUCAUAUCCAAAUAAAAAUAGUGAAUGUGGACAUGUCAUAAGUGCUGAAGAUAAUUGGGAUGUUAAAUUGAUAUUUGAAGAUAUCGAUUUGGCUGAUGAGCCUGAAAUUGAUAUCAAUGGAAAAUGUUUGGUUGAUAGAAUUGAUAUUGUGAAAAUGGGAAGUGGGGAAAUAUUGCGAACGAUUUGUGGAAGAGAGAACACUGAACAUGAGGAAAGUAUUCGGGUGAAAGGAUCUGUUGGUGUGAGAUUGAUUACGGUGAAAUCGGAAAAUGACAAGAAACAUCAUAGAGGAUAUAAGAUUGCUUAUAGAAAAUAUGGUGAGUGAAAAUUGAAACCAUUUGAAGUCUUCUGGAGCCUUCUGAAGCCUUUUGAAGCCGUUUGAAGUCUUCUGAAUCCUUCAAAAUCCCUCUGAAGCCUUCUGGAGCCUCCAUCAGCCUUCUGAAGCCUUAAAAGGCCUUCUGAAUCCUCUAAAAGCCUUUUGAAGCCUUAAAACUCUUUGUGAAGCCAGCUAGAGCUUCCAAGAGUAUUCUGAGACUCCUAGACUCAUCUGAAGCCUCUAUCAGCCUUUUGAAGUCUUCUGAAGCCUUGUGAAGCCUUCAAAGUCCUUCUUCGAUGUCCAAAGUAAAAAAUAUAGCAAAAAAUGCGAGAAUCGUCCAAAGCUCGCCUUAUAUUCGAAAUACAGAACAGAGAAAUAGUGUGUGUAUUCGAGAGAGGCAGACAGCUAGACUUUGGACAAUAUACUUUUGCAUUUUUGUUUUAUUAUUUUUUUUGGACACCGCAUUCUGGCUUAACUCUCUUAAAUUUUUCUCUCUUAAAUCUCUUAAAUUUUUCUGAAGCCUUCAAAAGCCUUGUGAAGACAGCUAAAGCCUCUAAAAGUCUUCUGAAGCCCUGAUCAGCCUCCUGAAGUUUUCUGAAGUUUCUAAAAUUUUUCUGGAGCCUCCAAAAGCCUUGUGAAGCCAGCUAGAGCCUCUUAAAAUUUUCUGAAGCUUCUGAAGUCUUCUGAAGCCUUCUGAAGCCUUCAAAAGCCUUCUUCAAACCCUCAAAAAUCUUCAGAAGCUUCCAAAAGCCAUUUGAAGACUUCUGCAGAAGAACAUAUGUACAAAAAAAUUCCUAAUUUUUCAGGUUGCGGAGAACCAGUUGUACUGAACAAAGGCAACAAUUUUAGAUACGCAUAUUAUCCAAUGACAAAAAAUGUUGAUGAUAAUGGAAACUGUAUAUGGAACAUCUCAACACAUCCCACUAGAGAACUUCAUUACGUAAAUUUCUUUGGAGAUGACAAACAACCAAACUGCGAUGAGAACAAAUUCGAAGUCACUGAUGUUUCAACAAAUUCAACAAAAUCAUUUUGCGAAUCCACAAAUGGUAUGAAACGAUCGAAUUCUUCGAACAUCAUCUUCAAUUUGAAAUUCACAACACCAAUCGAUUUUCGUUUCGCAGUUUUUUCAACACCGAAAAAAGGUUGUAAUGAAAAACUAAAAGUUCAUGAUGAUUGGAAAACCCUUAGCCCAAUCCUGGAUAAAAAUGGUAAUUAUUUGAGUAAUCUACGUUGCAAUUGGCAAUUGGAAACUGAAAAAGGUUAUACAAUUGAGAUUCGUAUCAAUUCUAUUGAUAUAUUAGAAGACUAUAUGGUUCGUUAUGGUUGUUUGGAGAACUUAGAGAUUUAUGAUGGUACUCCUGGUUCAAAACCAAUUCUUUUUGAUUCGUGUCAAGGGGAUAAUGCAACUGGUCGAGUUAUUCAAAGUUCGAGGGAUAUUGCUAGUUUGUAUUUUUACUCCAGUGAUAUUGCAAAGGGUAAAGGUUUCGAUGUUUCGUAUAGAAGACGGCCAGGUAAGAUUGUUUUCGUUAGAGAGGCUUCACGGUCAUUCAAUUUUUCCAGUCGCUUGUUCACCUGAAAACUUCAUCGCAAUCGAAACAGAAAAGUUCUAUACCUUCGAACACAAUCCAAAUAAAACUGCACAAGAAAAAUGUCAAAUCACAAUUGAGGGAGCAAAACCAGAGCCAAUUAUUAUCAGAUUUAUUGAACUUAAUUUGGCAGACAAUGAUUGUAUGGAAAUUCGAGAUAUUGGAUCAAUCGAUAAUUGUGCUCAUCCAGGAUGUGCUCAACAUGAAAAUGAUCGAAAAAUUACAAAAUUGUGUGGAAAACAGAAUCCACAUGUUCAUAUUGCUAGGUCGAAUUCUGUUUUUAUUCAUAUUGUGAGCUCUUCGAAAGAUUCGAAAAUUAUUAUCAGUUAUCAGAUUUUUGAUAGUGAGUUUUUUUUUUUAAUUUCAAAAUUUCACACAAAAUUUUUCAUUUUCCAGAAUGCAAUCGCUCAAUCGACACCAAAUCUUACAAAUCUGGCCGAAUCACAAGUCCAAAUUAUCCCAAAGAUUAUGAAGAUAAUAUGAAAUGCACUACAGUAUUCAGUGAUAGCCGAAGUCAAGAAAACACUUCAAAAAUGCUCUUCAUCUUCCAAAAAUUCUCGCUAGAUGAUUCGGAUUCACUCAAAAUUUCGGAAUCUGAAAAAAUUCUUGAAGGAAAAUCUCUUCCUCAUAAUAUUCUAACAAAUGGCGGGAAAUCGGUUACGGUAUGUACCUUGAAAUUGUUUUUUUGGUGAAAAUAUAUAUUUUUUUAUUUGCAGUUUGAAUUUUCGAGUGACAAAAAUUCACAUAACGGUGGAUUUGAUGCAACUUAUUUCAGUGUUGCUGAGCAGAAUGAGACAGUUAUCAGAUUUUCAGAAUCGAAUGAAUUAUCUGGAAUUAUUACCAAUAUGGAAUUUCCUAAUGCUUAUAAGGCAAAUUAUAAACAAAUGUAUGUUAAAGGGACAUGUGGAGUACGGUAUUUCUCAAAUUUUGUUUUUCAGAUUCACCAUUCGGCCUCCUCAAAAUCACGAUUGUGUAUUUGUAUACGACGAACGUGAUGUAGGAAAAUCUUGUAGACUUCACGAAACUCGAAAUCGUGAUUUUUCCAAAAAUGUUCAACAAAAUGAAACGGUUACUGUCACAUUUUAUGGGCAAACCCAGGAAAAAGAUGUUUUGCAUUCUUGUGUGAGUUUUUUUAUGUCCAGAGUUAGCGCAUCUUCAAAAAUUUUUUCCAGAGCAAUCAUUAUUUCAAUCGCUUGAACAGACAAUCUGGAGGAGAUCGAUAUGCUGAAAUUGUUUUCAAAACCGAUGGCGACACUAAAAAUGAUGGAAGAGGAUUCAAAAUUUCAUGGGCUUGCGAUAAUUAUAGAGGUGUUUGA